UUCUGUCGCAUCGAACAUAGCAUAAAAUUUGAAGAACUUGGCCAUCCUUUCAACGUGUACAAUCGUUACGUUUCGAGGAGGAUUUCAUCUGUUUAUAACAUUGUGCGCAACGCGGCGCGUUUCUCAAAUGUUGACGCUGGGUAAGUUUUAGUGUUGGAUAGCAUAGCGUUUUCAAUUUAUUAUUUAUCAGUGGAGUUCAACUCUUAAUUUUUGUGAAAUAAUGGCUACUAAACAGCAAACGCAACUAGAUUUGACCGGUAGCCUCAUCGCAAAGAGUGUUACUUCAGUCACUCUUUCGAAGCGAUACACCCAAAAAAUGGUAAGAUGCUGCAUUUUGAACAUAAUCUACCAAAGAUUGGAGCUGGAAGAAUCCGAAUUGAAGACCAGGAACUUCAAGGGAGUUCCCUUCAUUGUUCUAAAAAACCCAAAAAAACCAAAACAUCAUUUGAUAAAUUUGUACAUUUCGUGGUUAAAUGGUAUUGAACAUGCUAUAGAAAACAACUACCUGAAAGAGAUAUUCUUAUUCAUGAGAAACUCCGCAGGUGACGUGUCUGAAACUUACAAUUUCAAGUUAAAAUACAACAGAGACCCGAAUGCCGAAAACAAAAGAACUUUGGUGCAUGUUCAAAAAGAAACCACAGACUUAUUGCAGGCUAUUCGCGAUUUGGGGAAAAACGAGAAACUGGAGAACACACGACUUACAAUAGAAUUCACAUAUCACCCUGUUACUCCUCGUGAAUACCAACCACCAGGGUUCUCAGCAGCGGUCCAACCAGAAUGUAUAAAAAUUCCUGUCGCCAAAAGACAGCUCGGGACGGUGAAUACGGGAUUCCAUAAGAUUACUUGUAGGGUGCAUGGUGCGCUGAUCAGCGAUGAAGAUUCAACCCAUCAGCCAACUGAUUUGUCUGCAUCUCGCAGAAGUUCCAACGACAAAUUGGAUGAAAAUGAAGAAAACGUGGAGAAAACAGUGAAAUCUCCUGCAUCUAAGAUCAAUAUCAGCGAAAUUACAUUAUCGGUACAUGUCGAACAGGACUCUUCGAUGAUGAGCAACGAUGACUCGGAAGCUGGCGCAUUGAAUAACGACAUCAACUGCCUCUGCGAGCUCACCAUUACUUUCGCUAAAGUAGACAUCAUCCGGUGCAUCAAAUGCGUCAAAAAGUACCACGCCCCCUGCCACGGCUACAAAAACAAGAGAAUGGCAGACGUCAACUUUUCCUGCAUUCGAUGCGGCAUCGCCACGACCACCGACAGAUUGCUGCCCAAGUUUGACAUGAAAGAAAGGCCGAUUAUCAUCAAAAUGAGAUUAAUCGUGUAUUUCCUGGAAAACGACAGUGAACUACCAGAAGAACUCAUGAAUUCAAUCGACCAAUCGGACAAGAAAAUAAUUUUGGAUAAACUAAAGUUCUUUGAUAUAUAUGACGCGGAGACAAAGAGUUUCAACAAGGUCAAUUCAGGUCCAUUGAUUUCCAUGCUUUUCAACAAUUCGCAGUACCUCGUUUAAAAAAGUAGGGUUUACUUCACUAGUUCUUUUUGUUUUUCCUUGUUCAUUAGCUGAUGUUUGCUUAUAAGGUAAUGUGUUAAUGACUAUUCAAUUUAUUUCAAUUUAUAGUGCGUUUUGAGUUUCAAUAUUUAAGGGAUAUAAGUUGAUGUAACUGUCAUUUUCGAUUGUUUCUCAAUUGUUCAUAGUUGUAUAGUGUAUUG